AAAGAAAGACAGAAAAAUUAGUAAAGAAUCAAAGAGCAAAAACACCAAAAGAAUAAUUGUAGUAGUAAAGUUAUUUGACUUAUUUACAUAACUGCUAUUGUUAAUAAUUAUAAAAAAUUGUUUAUUUUCACUAUAACAACAAAUACGACAACAUAUUUUUGUAAAACAUUUAACGAAAAUCAUUCUUGAAAAGAAGUGCAUCUGAAAAGAAAAUAUUUGUAACAAAUCUAAUCUGCAAAAUCACAAACGUUGAAAAAAAAGAAAGUUGAUUAACAAAAAAGGCUGUCACAAUUUAAGAGCAAAAACAACAAGAAAAACGUAAAAGAGAGACAAUCCACAUACUAAAAAGAGAGCGAACAGACAGUAAAAAACAAAUUGAAAACAAAGCAAGUGGAAGAAAUUAAUGAAAUAGAAAAAGAAGUGGUAAAACAAGAUCUGUCUUUCGACACAGAUUAGAAAUAAAAAAGAAUUCCAAAUUUGAUUCUAAUUUAUAUGCAAAGAGCAUACAAAAAACGAACAGUUAAAUAAUUUAAUAAAAAUUGAUCCAAGUGUAGAAAUGAUUUGUUAAUUUGUCUCCAAGACAAGUAGUACGAACAAUUGAAAAGGGAAAAACCUAAAUUAAGGGCCACAGCAGACAAAAGAUUGGGCUGGCUGGCUGACUGACUGAUUGGCUGGCAACGAAUUGUAAACGUAGCGUAAAGAAAUCGUAUUGAGAAAACAAAAAAAAGCAAAAAUAUAUAUAAAAUAAUACAAAUUUUUUCAAUGUGUGUAUGUAUGUUGUGGCUGGUGUGAAUGCAGCAAGUUGCGAAACAACAGCUAACACGAAGAAGAAGUGGCACAAGAAACAAUACUAUAGAUAGAUAGAGAGUCAAACUGUUCCCGUUCAAGACCCAAUUGUUGAAUAGUUGGCUGCCUGGCUGGCUGACAAUAAAUAUCAGUUGUGAUUGUUGUGAGUGACUGUCUGACUAACUGACUAGGUGUAACUGAAAAAGAGGUCCCACGAUCAUUUUACACACACACAAACACACACCUAGCUGACUAGCCUAAUAUAACUCUAGCACUUCUUUCUUCUCUUCACUAACAACUCGAACAAGAUACCGCCGUUCCAACGAGUGUGGUAUUUGUGUAUGCCUAGAGUUAAAGCUACUACUGCUGCUGCUGCCGCUACAGUUGUUGCUGCUGCUGAUGUUUACGGAAGUAGACGUUGUGCUGGAUCAUUGUUGUCGUUUCAAUUAAGGGAGAAGUGUCUUGUUGUUUUGUUUUUUGUAUUUGCAAAACUCGCAAAAGGCGGAAGAGGAAGCCAUAGCUUAGUAUCCCAAACAACGGCAGUAGUUGCAACGACUGCAAGGGCAGUUUGACACAGUGCCACCGCUUUCAUCAGCUGCCCGACGUCACCAGCACCACCACCACUAUGUCGUGGACAGAGCAAAAGGUCGACCCGGAGCUAAUCUUCACAAAGCAGGAACGUAUUGGCAAGGGAUCAUUUGGUGAAGUAUUCAAAGGCAUUGAUAAUCGUACACAACAGGUGGUAGCCAUAAAGAUAAUUGAUUUAGAAGAGGCCGAAGAUGAAAUCGAAGACAUUCAACAGGAGAUUAUGGUGUUAUCGCAGUGCGAUUCUCCUUUCGUCACCAAAUACUAUGGCUCCUUUCUUAAGGGUACAAAACUCUGGAUUAUUAUGGAGUAUUUGGGUGGUGGCUCAGCUCUGGAUCUAAUGAAAGCUGGUUCUUUCGAAGAAAUGCAUAUAGCAAUAAUACUGCGUGAAGUACUCAAGGGUCUGGACUAUUUGCAUUCGGAAAGAAAGUUACAUCGUGAUAUUAAGGCGGCCAAUGUUUUGCUUAGCGAAAUGGGUGAUGUCAAAUUGGCUGACUUUGGUGUGGCCGGACAAUUGACAAACACCACCUCGAAACGCAAUACAUUUGUGGGUACACCCUUCUGGAUGGCACCCGAGGUUAUAAAACAGUCCAUGUAUGACUCCAAGGCCGAUAUAUGGUCGCUGGGUAUAACGGCCAUAGAAUUGGCCAAAGGUGAGCCGCCAAAUUCAGAGCUGCAUCCCAUGCGUGUCUUAUUUCUCAUACCCAAAAACAAUCCGCCACAAUUGACGGGAAACUAUACGAAAUCCUUUAAAGAUUUUGUUGAAGCGUGCCUUAACAAGGAUCCCGAGAAUCGCCCCACAGCGAAAGAAUUACUCAAGUAUCCUUUUAUAAAAAAAGCUAAGAAAAAUUCGUACCUUAUUGAUUUGAUUGAUCGCUAUAAAAAAUGGAAACUACAAAAAGGCGAUGAAAGCGAAACAGAAUCUGAAAAUUCCGAUUCUGAUGAUUCCAAGCCGGGCUGCAAUACCGAUGAACCCUGGAUAAUGACCGUUAAAGGUUUACAUGUAAAUAGUGAUGCCCAUAAAAUGAGUUCCAAUCACUUCAAUAGGCUCGAAGAGCAAGAACUUAAAAUGGAUAAAUUAGCCCAGGGUGUAGCUGACACCUUAACGCCGUCUAGCCUACUAAGCAGCAGCAGCAAUGUUAACAGCAAACAUCAACAAAGCAGCAGUGCUUCAAAUAUUAGCAGCUCUUUGUUAAAUUCACAAAAACGUGACAACAGCCUUACGCCCAAUAAUGCAACCACACCCACAUCAUCGUCCUCGUCGUCGUUAGCUUCAUUAUCUGCUUCAAACUCUUCCUCUAAUACACCAUCGAUGGUGCCAUCUUCCGUCACAACUGUAACGUCCUCAAAUGCGGCUAAUGCCUCAGCUAACACUCGGGAAUCGAAUCACCAUCUUCAUCAUUCUCAUCAUCAGCAGCAGCAGCAAUCAUUGCAACAACACCAACAGCAACAUUCUUCACACCAAUUAUCCUCCUCCUCAUCCUCGUCGUCAUCGUCCCAACAGCAUCAGCAGCAAAAACAUGCGCAUGCCGCUUCAACUGGUAAUUUAGAGAAUUCAACAAAAUUAAGCGCUAUGGGCGCUAUGCAAUCCAGCUCGUCUAGUUCCAAUUAUAAAGAACAACAGAAGGUUAAUCUUAGACCUACCCGUACCGCAUCUAUGGAUGCCGAAAUCGAGAGACGUUCAUCGUUGCAAUUAUUGGAUCAUAGUAAACGUGACGACGAAGACGAAAGAUCUCUGCGGCGCAGUACUAUGGCAGCUUCACACUCUUCAGUAGCUGUUGCCUCAUCGGGCAGUGGCAGUCAUAUGCUAGCUACUAGCAGCAGUAUGGGCAAUGUUUACAAUGGCAAUACACAUGCCAACAGAGACUUUAUAAAUCAUGAGUCCCUAACAACUGCAGCUCACUCGCCCACUUCGUCCAAUGCGAAUCAUAAAAAUAUGGGUAGUAGUGGGGGCGGCGGCAGUAGCAGUGGUGUAAUGGGCAAUCGUAUUAUAACCAACACCAAUAGUCCCUGUCUAAAUAAUUUCCUCUUUCCCAUACUCUCUGAUAUACAACGUAAAUAUAGCAGUAAUUCCAGUAAAAAUAUGAAUGUUUUGGACAUAGCCGAUUUAAAAUCGGUAUUUGAAUUGGCCGAACGCAGUCGUCCUGGCGUAAGUGAUCUGUUUCUCAAAGAAAUUAUACACAAACUAGUACCAGGUUAUUCGGAAACACGUAUUAAUAAUAUUAUGGAUAGAGCAAUUAGAAACAAAAAGUAAUUUCAAAGCCUCAACGUCUACUGUCUCUAGGGCUUGUUGUGGAUUUUAUGUUAUUCCUUCUUUACGUUUUUUUUUUUAUAAAUAUAUAUAUAAAUAAUAUUUUUUCCUGUUAGUUUUUCACCCCUGUUAUGUUAAAUUAUAUUAAAAAAAAAGAACCCAAAA